ACUUCCUUCUUUGAAGCUCUCCACUAGUCAAGACAGGUCUGUGGAUAUUUGGAUAUCCCCUGGUUCUUGUGAAAGGCAUUGACAGUGGAGUUAUCAGAGCAAUGAUGAAGGCUGUAACUAGAUUCUUCUCUUUACUUCUCCUAAUCUAUACUGAGGCAGCAAAAUCCCAAGAAAAUUCUAAAGACCAUGUUUUUGGAGUUGAGCUGGGGAAUGAAGUGAAGGUGCCACUGGUGGUGAAGUCGACUUUUCACAUGCAUUUAAAAGGCAGUCUGUUUGAAGAUACCUGUUCUAUCAAACCAUUUCAAUCCGACACACUGGACAUGUGCAACUACAACACAAGCAACCCUCUGGUCAUCAUUAUUCACGGGUGGACGAUGAACGGAAAAAUGGAGGAAUGGGUGUUGCAGCUCUCCUUAGCCCUUAAGACCAAGCUAGAGCAUGUAAACGUGCUGAUUGUUGACUGGAGAACUCUAGCUUUCCAGCCAUACCCAACUGCGAUUAAGAAUACCAGGCAGGUGGGCUUGGAAGUGGCCACUGUCCUGAUGUGGCUUAAGGAGACCACCCAGCUCUCCAUGGAUAAAGUGCACCUAAUUGGUUACAGUUUAGGAGCACAUGCGGCUGGAUUUGUAGGAAACCAUUUUACAAAAGCAAGAAAGCUGGCCCGUAUAACAGGUCUGGAUCCCGCAGGUCCAAAUUUUGAGGGAGUUCCUGUUUCUGACAGGCUGUCUCCUGACGAUGCCAAGUUUGUAGAUGUCAUCCAUACCUUUGCUAAGUCCAGCAUUGGGUUGGCGGUGGGAAUCCGUCAGCCUGUUGGACACAUAGACUUCUACCCAAAUGGAGGCUACUUCCAGCCUGGCUGUCAUGUGACAGACAUAUAUAACAACGUUUACCAGUAUGGACUCGAAGGUGUACCAAAGACUAUCAAAUGUGCUCACCAGAGAGCUGUCCACCUUUUCAUUGACUCCUUGUUGAACACUGACCAGCAGCUGACAGGUUACCGCUGUCGGGAUGAUCGUGCAUUUGACCAAGGCCUAUGUCUGGACUGCAAAAAGGAUCGCUGUAACACCCUGGGCUAUUAUGUUAAAAAGGUGUACACUGGAGGCUAUAGCAAAGGCCUUUAUCUGAAGACUGGUCCUCAAACGCCAUUUAAAGUCUAUCACUACCAAAUUAAGAUUCUGCUGAUGAAUCUGAUCGAGCAGGUCAAAACCUCUCUCUCCAUUGCUCUUAUUGGAAGUGAAGGAGAGAGCCAGUAUAUCCCUAUUACUCUGUCCCUGGAGCAUCCUGAGAACAGGACAUACUCAGCUCUGGCUAUAGUGGGCUCAGUGCUAGGGGAGUUGCAAGCAGUGCGUUUGCGCUUCAAAGCAGAGGAAGCCUGGGGCAGCUGGUGGAGAAGAGUCACAUCCAUCAUGAGCAGCAGCGGAGACCCGAAUGAAACAGAGUUUGUUGUGACCAAAAUACGACUCAAAUGUGGCGAAAGCCAAGAAAAGACAUGGUUUUGCGGUCAAACAGAAGCCAUCACGCACAUGAAACCUGCCCAAGAACAUGAAUUUGUUCGCUGUCAGCACGCUGCCAAAAAGAAGAGGAGCAGCAGGAAUCUUCAAGAGAGCGAUAAUGGACAGGAACAUAUACAUUAAAUUAAAAUAGAAAUUUAAAACAGAUAAUUUAAAAAAAGGUUAAUGAUUCAAGGGUUUGGUUUAAAAGAAAUGCGUUGAUGUUACAUGUUAUCAUUUCGAUUGACCAUUUUUAUUAAUGCAUUUCAAGUACUCAAAAUUACAUCUCU